AUGUCGACAGUAACGAUUACUCAAACCAAUAUCCCGGAAGCUGGAGAUGCCCUGCCCCCUGAAGACAACCAUGCAGUAAGUGUGUCACUGCAGACAUGGGAAAAUACAUUGAAAUGGGCCAGAAAAGACGCGGAGUUUCUCGAGAGAAUGAGAACUGGAUACCCACGCUUCUUUAUUCCUCUCGUUGUUCGAGAGCUAUCAAACAAGCUUCUAGAAUGGGCAACGCGCAGACACGCCUUUGACCCCUUAUGUCCCAAGGCAGCAGCACUGGUAUCAAAACCAGGUCAAGCAUCACUGCUUUUCCCAAAGAAAUGGAUGGCCAAGACCUGCCAAAAAUUCCUCAGCGAUUCUCAAGACGAUAUAGUUGUUCUCGAAUUCAGGUUUUCUGGAGAGUGCCAAAUUGUCCAGGAUUUCAGCCUGACCUAUGUCGGCUUGGAGCAAGAUAUCAUAUAUGCGAAUGUGUUUGCAGAUAAUCUCUUGCCACGGGCCAAGUCCUUCUGGCAGCACGCUGGCCUUGGGAUCUCCAGUCGAUGCGCAUGCUUUUGGCUUGAGAAUGCGCCUUUCCUCCGACACCCGACAAAGAAAACCAUGCCGAUGAUUCUACCGCUAGAGGAAGCUGAAAAUGCUAGUUUUACUCUCCGCCAGCGCAUCUCGGAUCUUUUAGGGACGGAUUCCCAUCCGACAGGACUUGAGGAUGUCUACUUGUAUCCCUCUGGCAUGUCGGCUAUCUACCAUGCGGCAGCAGCCAUUAACAAGAUACAAGGUAGUGAUGCAGUUCAUAAAGUCGCCAUAUUUGGAUUCUUAUACGUCGACACAUUCAAAGUCCUGAGCAAAGUCCAUGAAUUCGACUGUGUUCUCUACGGUUAUGCCAGCGCCUCUGAUUUAGAUCAACUUGAGAAAGACCUCGAUGAAGGCCUGCGUAUUGACGCAUUAUAUACUGAGUUCCCAGGAAAUCCUCUUCUGAGCUCUCCCGAUCUGUCGAGGAUACACGCUCUCGCCAGCAAGCACAAUUUUCUAUUCGUCGUUGACGACACGAUAGCAACGUCAGUAAAUGUUAGCAUUCUCAACCAGUGUGAUGUAAUAUGCACCAGCCUGACGAAAAUGUUCAGUGGGGGUUGCAAUGUUAUGGGCGGCAGCUUGGUCCUGAAUCCUCGGUCCAAGUUCUACCAGCGGUUAUGCAAGAGCAUCGGCCAUUAUUUCGAGGACACGUGUUUUCCCUUAGAUGUGAUGGUCAUGGAGCAGAAUAGUGCGAAUUUCGAAAGCCGAGUUGUCAAAGCAAGUCGCAAUGCGGAGAGCUUGGUGCAGAUGCUUCGUGAUCAUCCAGCUGUCGCGGAAGUGUUCUAUCCUAAAGGGAGCUCCUCGCAACAGGUGUAUGAUGAAUUCAAGAAGCCAGGCAAAGGGUAUGGGUUUCUCCUCUCUAUUCGAUUCCUACAACCGUCCGCAGCUGUGGCAUUCCACGAUGCCCUCCUGGUGGCGAAGGGGCCUAGUUUGGGCACCAACUUUACGUUGUGCUGUGCAUAUACCCUAAUAGCACACUAUUCCGAGCUAGAGUGGGCCGCGAAGUUCGGUGUGAUCGAGCAUUUGGUGCGAAUCAGCAUUGGCAUCGAGGAUUUGCAAUACCUGAAGGAUCUCUUCCGGAAGGCUCUGACAGCGGCGUCCGAGGCAGUCGAGCCAUUCUGA